AUGUUUGCAACUCCCUGGGCCGUGCGGUCAUGCGGCCGGUUCAGGUCGAAGCUUCGCAACGUGGUGGCCGUGUGCGUCGGCGGGUUUUUGCUGAGUUCGAGUGGCGUUGCUCAUGCAGUUAAGCUCGAAAACGGUCUCCGUCUGCGCAUCACGGAGCCAGGAACUCAGGAAUCGGCGUCUCCGAACAAGCAUGUAACCUGCAACUUUGAGGCGGCGGACGAACAAAAGACACUCAAUUUGACGCUGUCCACGGUUUCGCCUACGGUCGCGCUGCAAUGUACUGGCAAGAACGCCCAGCUCUUCCCUACGGACGGCCGCACGGUCUGUAGCUUCCAGGAGGGCAGCACUACGGCGGAAAAUUGCAAGACACAUCUGUUGCAAUCGCUGCUCCAAUCAAGAGAUGGUAUUGCGGCAACAAUCACCCCCGCUGAGAAUGUCUCAGAAACCCAGAGCCGAGAGUGGAAAUUGAGCCUGACUGAAACACAGUUCCCUCGCUCUGACGAAAAGUUUAUCGUGGGCUGUAAAGCAUCUUCGCCAGAGAAGUCGUGCACACUCACAGUGGAUGUGAAAGCUCGCUCCUCCUCCGCUGAGAACAACGUUGUCACCUGUGCGUACGGUGAAGACAGCAAUCCUGGGAUCUUCAAGGUUGAGUUGACGAGGGAUAACAACACUCUGACGCUGGACUGCGGGAGCGACGGGUCGAUCAAACCGCCGAGCUACACAACCAUUUACUGCAGCGAUGAGAGUCUAGAAGAGUGCCAGAAGGGUUUCAAGGAGAUUCUUCCCAAGUUUCACGAGAGUUGGUGGACGAAGGAAAAACCGGGGGAGGCGCCAGCGAAACUGAAUAUUCCUCCCGCGGAUUUUCCCAGUGAAGACAGGAGCUUCUUUAUUGGUUGUGCUAAGCUUCCCGAAGCCCAAAGCGAACACGAGUCUCGUAGACAGAGCGCCCCUGAGCAACAAGCAACAUCACCGGCAGGAACUUGCAAAGUGCGUGUGGUCUUGAAGGCGGUGACCUCUACGUCACUCGCACUGCCCUCUGUACACACGGCCACUGCAGCCUCCACUGCUGCUGCGCUCGCAGGCGUUACCGCCUGGUUUUGA